UUCAUGCUUCCUUUAUUAGUAGACCACAUGGUUUCUCGUCAGGAAGAAAAUGCCGUGAUUAUCCAACGCCAUGGGACAGCUCAGUUGCUGGCGUGGCUGGGCGGGGUAGUCUGCCGUGGACGGUUGAUGAGCACGAGCAAGCUGAAACAAGACGCCGCAAGCCCAUAAUCGCACAAUGAAGAAAAUGCUCCAUUUAUACCGAGUGUUAAAGGAGCCAACCUGCGCCCUCUAGUGGAACAUGCGGUCAUGGUCAUUUAAGGACAUGGUGCUCUCAGUGAGAAGAGGAGGAGGCCUCACCAACUGGGGGGUCCUGGUUCUCCUCGGCUGGGGGGCGGUGUGCCGUGCGGCCCCCGACCCCACCCAGAGGGACUCCCUCAUCCGCCUGGAGACCUCGCGGCAGAUCGGCGGCACGGUGACCCUGACACCCGCGGAGACGAAGAUGGACGCCCGACUCCGUUGGAUGAAACGGCGGGAGAUGUCGCGGCCGGCGUUCCCCCCGGCGAUGCACUUCUUCAAGGCCAAGCCGCUCAUCGAGAAGAGUCCCAUCUUCGCCCUGCUUCAGAAGAUGCCCAAAGGCGGGGCGCUGCACAUCCACAGCUCCACUCUGGUGUCCGUGGAUUGGCUGGUGAGCAACGUCACCUACAGACCCCACUGCUACAUCUGCUUCACCAGCGACCGAUCCGUGCGCUUUGUGUUUUCCGCCGGCUACCCCUGGCUCACCUGGGACUGCUCCUACUGGUAUCUGCUGGAGACCCUGCGGGCCAAGAUGGGAGACCCUGCAGCCUUUGACAACAGUCUGAUCCAGAACCUCACCAUGUUCACUGAGGAACCCGACCUGGCGUACCCCAGCCAGGACGUCGCCUGGGAGAAGUUUGAGAAGAAGUUUGUGGUGGCGUCGGGUCUGAUCACCCACGCGCCUGUACUGAGGGACUACCUGUACCAGGGGCUGGAGGAGCUCCGCAGGGACAACAUCAUGUACCUGGAGCUCCGGAGCGGGCUGGCCAGGACGUAUGAGCUGGACGGGAGUCGUCACGAUAAACUCUGGUACCUGAAGACGUUUCAGGAAGCGACGCAACAGUUUGUGGAAGAUCACCCAGACUUCCUGGGAACUCGCAUCAUCAUCACCGUCCACAGGUCUCUGAGUGUCUCUCGGGUCAAGGCUGCCGUGAUGGAAGCCAUCCAAAUGCAGAGCGAUUUCCCGGAUGUGGUCGCAGGGUUUGACUUGGUCGGCCGGGAGGACCGCGGGAGGAACCUGUGGUACUUCAAGGACGCUCUGUUACUGCCGGCCAACCUGGGACUGGUUCUGCCGUACUUCUUCCACGCAGGGGAGACAGAUGAGGAAGGCACCGAUGUGGACGAGAACAUCCUGGACGCCCUGCUGCUGAACACCACCCGCAUCGGCCACGGCUACGCCCUGCCCCACCACCCCCUCGCCAAGGAGCUGGCCAGGGCAGGCAACGUGGCGGUGGAGCUGUGUCCGAUCUCCAACCAGGUGCUGAGGCUGGUGUCGGACCUGCGGAACCACCCCGCGGCGGUGCUGAUGUCCGAGGGCCAUCCCCUGGUCAUCAGCUCCGACGAUCCCUCACUCUUCGGCAACGCCGGCCUCUCCUACGACUUCUACCAAGCCUUCGUGGGGAUCGGAGGCUUGAAGGCCAACCUGGGGACUCUCAAGGAGCUGGCCGCCAAUUCUAUCAAGUGGGACAUUUUGGUGAUUCAGUCCAAAUACAGCUCCCUGCCCCCCCACCUGAAGGAGGCGGGUUUGCUGCACUGGAGGGAGAAGUGGGACACGUUCAUCUCCUCAAAUGGAAACCAAAGCCGGACCACAAAGGGAUUUGUUUAACCUGACUACUGUUUGUAACUCAAAUAUGAGGAGAUCAAAGCACACCGUACAAGCUCCUUUAGCUUUCAGAUUAAUGGAAGAUUACAAAUAUGAAGGCACGUACCUUAAGUUCAAAUGAUCACGUGAACAAACAGCUUACUGGUGAGGUGCAGCAUUUUUUAUUGUUAUUUGCCAAUGGUAUUACAAUAAACUGUCAAUGUUAAGUUCAAUGAAUGAAUUAGUUUCCCAAGAACAUAAUCAUCAUCUUUGUUAUUUAUGAGUGUUUAUUCUGCUUGUUGGUACUCCAAAUUAAAAAGACUUUGGGAAACCACUAGG